AUGGCCAGUCAAGAACUGACGGCAAAUCUGCCAGAAGAUCAUAUCCUCGUCCAAUUCACUACCUUAGAAAACCUUCAGCAAACAGCGGAGCGAGUCCACGACUCCCUAAACGAGACAGGAGACGGAAACCAAUUCAUCCUCGUUCUCGGACUGACCACCAAAGCCUGCAUCGAGCUUGACAGCGAAGAACGUGCCCUGAGCGGCAUCCCAUACCGAUUCAUGUUCGACAACACCGCCGGCGUCAUCAAAAUCCUCACUUACGGGCACGAUGUUAUGACGAUCAACAUCACCCGCCAGAUCGAUCUUUUCUGCAACCGCAUGGGAAUGGACCCUACCGCGGAAUUCUCAUGGGGCGGAACCACCACCAGGCUUCUCUGCGCAAGGACCAAGGGCAAACAACCGGAUGGAUGUCUCUUUCCCAAGGCCCGGAUCCAGAGAGACCGCGAGGCCUGGCCCACCCUGGUUAUCGAAGCAGGCAUCACCGCGUCACUUCCCCGGCUCCGCGAAGAGGCAAGAUGGUGGCUGCGCAACUCCCAAGGCGAGGUCCGGAUGGUCCUAGUUCUUGGCAUAAAUCGCCAGAGACGAACGUUGAUUAUCGAGAAAUGGGAACAGCAAGAGCGCACGCCAAUACAUCAACAUCAGGUAUCUCAUCAGCCUGAGGCUUCUAUGCAAGCUCACGCUGCGCAGACUCUUGAAAUCAGUUCCGAGUCUGUUUCUGGCGCUCCUCUCGUCCUUCCUUUUGAAGAGUUACUCGAACGACCCCGGCGGGGUAGGGAGACUGAUAUCAUCCUGGCGGAGGAACAGCUUCGGUGCUGCGUGCGCUGGGUGUGGCAAUUUAUGGAUUGA